AUGAGAUCUUCGCUCGCUUGGUUGUCGCUGUUUGCGACAACUGCUUGCGCUUCGUCAACAGUAACCGCUAGCAAUGCCGUUUCUGCGCCCAUGCCAACAUUGGCCGCAGUCACCCAAAUGAUGGGGCCUAAAGAGGUAGCAGAUUGUGAGGUGGAUAUAACAAUCACAAUUGGCGUCACCGUUUGGGUCGGUGAAGGCGAAGUAUCUACGUGCACCGUUACGGAUACUACAACCCGUACCACGACCGACAUCAUCACCGAUACGAUCACAGCCGCCAAUUCAAAUACUGUCACGAUUACCAAUACUGUUACGGAGACAGGUUCAGCUGCAAAGGUCACUGUAACGGAUACUGUCACCGACACGUGCACCGUGACUGUUACUGGAAGUGCGGAAAGAGUCACUGUGACAGAUACUAUUACCGGAGGUGAUAUCACAGAUAUUGUCACCAAAACAGCUACUGAAACAGUUAUUGGAAGUGCUAUAACGGUCACUGUCUCGGAAACUUGCGCGCCUGAAACCGUCACCUUAGUUUCAACAGAUGUCGAAACUCUGGGAGGCUCAACAGUUACUUUGUCAGGACCUGAAACCACAGUCACACUAGUUUCAACUGAUAUCGAGACUCUCGGGGGCUCAACGGUCACCGUGUCGGGAGCAGGAACGACAGUCACAUUGGUUUCGACGGAUAUCGAAACUCUCGGGGGAUCAACGGUCACUUUAUCGGGACAAGAGACCACAGUCACCCUGACAGGCUCAGACCUACCCGGGACCACUGUGGUGGAGACGGAAAUUGAUACCAUUGUAGAGACCGAGACUGUGGUGAAGACCGACACCAUCUCAGGCUCUGUGACAACUAUCCCCGCGUCGACUAUCACGACAACUUAUACCGAGCCUGCUAGCACAGUGACUAUCUCAGGGACUGUCAGCACUCUACCAGCUUCGACUCAAACCGUGAUAAUCACCCUGCCAGCCAGUACAAGAACUAUUAUUGACACAAUCACUGCGACGGGAACCACAGUUGUGGAAACGGAGACUGAUACCGUGGUGAUGACCGAUACCAUCUCAGGAUCUGUGACCACUAUCCCCGCGUCGACUAUCACGACAACUUAUACCGAGCCUGCUAACACAGUGACUAUCUCGGGGACUGUCAGCACUCUACCAGCUUCGACUCAAACCGUGAUAAUCACCCUGCCAGCCAGUACAAUAACUGUUAGUGACACAAUCACUGCUACGGGCUCGGAAACCACCAUCUCAGUUGGAAGUACAGUCACGGAAAUUAUUACCAGGCCUGGAACAACGCUCACAAAGAGCUACGGCAGCACUAGAACUGUUACUGAUACUGUGACUGGACAAGACACGACUCAAACACAGACACAGACAGCCACCGUCAGUGUAUGCUCCAGUCUCAUCACCAAUCCGAGCUACACACCUACCACCAAAUUACCAGACAAUUAUAUCUGGGGUUGUGCACCUGGAUAUCUAUGUAGCCCUCCUCAUACGGGUGAUCGUGCGGGUUGCAAUGUUGAAGCCGGUCUUCCAGCCGAUACUUACAUAUGUUCUCCUGAAAACUGCAUUGUUGCCCCUGUCCCAAUCUUCAACGACGAAUCCGGCUACAAUGUCUCCACGAACUACUACAAUCUGGAUCCAACGGACUUUGGCCUCACCUACGAUAUCUUCGAAUGUGCUGUAGAGUCUGAAUCCAGAGUGACCAGGAAGAUGGAUCUUCUCUCGCCUCGAGGCAGAUUUGACAGGCUCAUGGGCUACUUCCUCGGUGGAAUGACCAAGCGGGUGGACGUAGAAAACAUACCCAGUGCAUGCUUUGGACUUUGCAAUAUCGUUGCCAUUGACGGAGAAAAUACUGGAGCUACACCUUCUUUGUGUGAUGCCGGAUCUGAGUUCCUGACUGAUUUGGGUUAUUGUGAGGAUUGCAUCAGCAGUCAUGCGGGCGAUUCUGCCUCAUCCAUGGUUUCAUCUACACUGUUGCCUUCAUUUGCACCAUGGUUGAAUUUCUGUUCUGAUCAGACGACAUCGACCACUUCGACCACUGCGGCCGCAGCUACUACUACCACUGAGGCAACCACUACUAGUGUUGAGUCAACUACUACCACCAGUGCGCAGUCGAGUGCAACUAGCACUGCAAGCCGGACAUCUGCCACUAGUAGCCAGCAGUCAACAGCAAGUACAAUAACGAGCAUCCAGUCUACCGGCACGCAGAUCCAGCCAACGACUUCAGCACAGACAACGCAACCGGCUGGACAAAGUACGAUCUCUGUAUCAGCGUCUACAGUGGUGGUCUCUGGCUCAACAGUAACACUGUCCGCCACCCAGGGAACAACCUCAGAAUUCGGCUCAACCAUAACAGUCCCGAGUUCAACAUUGAUCAUCUCCGGCUCGACAGUGAUAGUACCAGGCUCAACAAUAACAGAGCCAGCCACUCCUGUCACCGACUCACUCUCCGGUUCAACAGUGACACUGCCCAGUUCCACUGAGAUAAUCUCCGGUUCGACAGUGAUCAUCCCUGGCACCACAUACGUUGAAUCCAGCCCCACAGAUACAGCUUCACAGGCUCAGUCGACGGUCACCUUGCCAAGUUCAACGUUGAUUAUUUCUGGUUCCACUAUGAUUGUCCCGGGUACUACGUACACAGAAUCCGGCUCCACGGAUAUAAAAUCGCUAUCUGGUUCGACAGUCACGUUGCCCAGCUCAACAGCUAUCAUCUCCGGAUCAACUACCAUUGUCCCCGGUGUUACGGUCGUUGAAUCUGGAACACAUAUAAUAGGUACUGUUAGCAGUACGGGCCCGUUUGUCGGAAGCCAGACUGGCUCUGCAAGCUCGCCUACUUCUACUGUCUCCUACAGUGCCGCGUCGCGGACUUGGGAAGCUCCUCACAUAGGCCUUUUGAGUCUGUUAUUGACCUUCGCUGUGUCACUCCUUUAUGUCGUUUAA